GGGCCUCUCUCUAUCUUGAGGACAUAUUGCCCAUGUCUACGUGGCAUCUCUACCCUCUCACCCUAGCAACUCGUCCUCUCUCUAUCUACUCCGUCUUUCGCAACGGCGGACGAUUUGUUUUCUCCCCACAGGUCUACUCCUCUCUCCUCUACUUUUCAUAAUCUGAUUUUCUCGGCGUUUUUCUGGGCCUUUGCAUUCCUUUCGUUCCAUCUCAGAUCCCGGCAUGGAAAGGGUCGUCGGAGGUAAAUUCAAGCUCGGGCGUAAGAUCGGAAGUGGGUCUUUUGGAGAAAUUUACCUCGCCACGCAUAUCGAUACGCUCGAGAUUGUUGCCGUCAAAAUUGAGAAUAAUAAGACUAAGCAUCCUCAACUUCUGUACGAGGCCAAGUUGUACAAUGUUCUUCAGGGAGGAAGUGGUAUUCCCCAUAUAAAAUGGUCCGGAGUGGAUGGAGAUGACAAUGCUUUAGUCAUGGAUUUGCUGGGUCCAAGUCUCGAGGAUCUGUUUGUAUAUUGUGGUAGAAAGUUUUCAUUGAAGACGGUUCUAAUGCUGGCUGAUCAGAUGAUAACUAGGAUCGAGUACGUGCACUCCAAAGGGUUUUUACAUAGAGAUAUCAAACCAGAUAAUUUUCUUAUGGGCCUUGGUCGUAAAGCAAAUCAGGUUUACAUAAUUGAUUUUGGUCUUGCUAAAAGGUAUAGGGAUGCAACUACAAAUCGCCACAUUCCUUACAGAGAGAACAAAAAUUUAACCGGAACUGCACGUUACGCGAGCUGUAAUACUCAUCUCGGAAUUGAACAAAGUAGGCGGGAUGAUCUUGAAUCUUUGGGAUACGUACUUCUUUAUUUCUUGAGAGGGAGCAGCUUACCAUGGCAAGGUCUCAAAGCUGCCACCAAGAAGCAAAAAUAUGACAAAAUAUGUGAAAAGAAAUUGUCAACUCCUAUUGAGGUCUUGUGCAAGUCUCAUCCUGUAGAGUUUGCAUCAUAUUUCCAUUACUGUCACUCAAUGACAUUUGAUCAGCGGCCUGAUUAUGGCUUUGUAAAACGUCUGUUCAAAGAGCUAUUCACUCGGGAAGGGUAUGAGUUUGAUUACAUAUUUGAUUGGACGAUCCUAAAAUAUCAGCAGGCACAAUCAAGUAGAACACAUCAGCGGCCACUGCAUGGAGAGAAUAGCCGGGUAGCUCCAUUGAAUUCAGAAAAGCAUCAAGUGAGAAACAAUGCUAAUUACACUGCUGAGUUGAUAAAAUCAACCAUUCCUACUAGUCCUCGUGCUCGUGCACAAUUCAAGUCAUCUGCAAAUAGGAAUUUAGCUUCUGGCAAUCUCGAGACAGUUGAUAGAAGCAUGCUGAGCAAUACAUACAUGGCAUCUACAUCUUUGUCUCCUGCUGGUAUUGGAAGAGUAAAUGCAACCAAACCUGCUGAAACCAACAAUCCUGGUCAUGUAAAUGGUGAUAGUGCAGUUUCAGGCAGCUGGAUUUCUUCUUUGCGUCGCAUCUCUUCAGCAAAGUGAAAGUGUGGUGUAGAAAGAGGAGUUGCUGAAAUUGGGGGCAUACUUGGUGUUGCAUCAAUAGAAUAAGAAACAUGGCUAUGAGAGGAAGGUUGGUUUCAUACUACUACUGCCUCAUCGCUGCAGUUCUGAGAAGAUAAAGGAGAUAUGCAUCAGUUGAACGGCGGGCGGAGAGCAGGGAUCAGAGGGCACAGUUGUCACUAUUCAUCUUGUCAAGGCUCGGGGUUCGGAUUUCUCGCUUCCCAGCUCCCUCAGAUCAAACGGUUCAACAAUACAAAUGUUGGUUCCAAGAUGGCACAGGAAGGCGCCCCACAAUAUAGAUACUCACUACUCAGUUGUUCUUUGAGUAAUGAAUGGUAUAAUGCUGGAAGGGUUCAUUUACGUACCUUCUUGCCCUUCACGAAUUAACUUAGGCUUUCAUUCAUGAUAAGGGCAUGAUUGGAAUAAAUUUCUCCAAGGGCAAUACUCCCUUCAAGGCAGUUCUGUGACCGGAGUCCAGAAGGUGGUCCAAAUCAUGGUAAAAGUUCUCCAAAGCUCGUUCGUGCUGACUGCUGAAUGUAAAAUAGUGGAAAAUUGGAAAUAAAAGGUGUUUAGCUAUGGACGAAGGCACAAUUAAUGUUUAUGUAUUAAUGUUAUUGCCCUAGAUAUCCACGCCAUC